CCUCUAUUGAUUUAGCCCUGAGGGAUCACUGAUUGUAAGAUUAGCCCCACCACGCAUCCUUCGUCACUGUUUUCAGCUCCAGCGCAUAUCACUUGAGACCAUCCUGACUAUUCUUACUCCUAUACCGCCUCAGAUGCGCCAUAGAAGGCCGCAUGUGCUCUUCUCUACGGUCACACGGCAAACGCUUCAUACGCCGCCACUCUACGAGACGGCGGAACGAGAGAUAUAGGGCCUCCACUGUUAAAAUCCUCGAAUCAAACGCUCCAACCCCGUCUACGAGUACAUCCAAUACCUGGCCUACUUUCAAAGAGCAGGCAGGCGGAGGUGCAGCACUCAGUACCUCGCAUCGUGCAUGGCAGGUCGAUCACAUUACACCAGAACUCGAGCACUACAUACAUGUCGCAUAUGAGGAGUCGCACGCGAAGUACAAUCUAAGAGGAGAGGGUAAUGGCGUUGCGGGCUUUCUGCACGAUAUUCAAGGAUGGUCGUCUGAAGCAGCUGAGAAGGCAGCAAAGGACAUAGUCGUGCUAGAUAGUGGUGCUUUCACCAAGUUCAUGGCCGGCCCGGGUGGCAGCGACGCUACGGUCUUACCAGAGACCGACAGCUCCUACGAGAUCUCCAACUACUUCAUAUCAUCAAGCCAUAACACCUAUUUGACUGGCAACCAGCUCUCUAGCGACUCUAGCCCAGAUGCGUACAAGAAUGUCCUUCUCCGUGGCUGUCGUUGCGUUGAAAUUGACGUUUGGGAUGGCGACGAUUCUGACUCGGAGACUGAGGAUGCAAAUAAAGAGAAGAAGCCGUCUGCGUUCAGUAGGCUAAAGAGCAAAGUUAAGCGGAAGAUAGACAAGGAUUCAGAUAAAGACUCUUCGCAGGAAAACUCUCCCGAGCGCGUUGAACGGGUACCCACGACAGACACGAGGAUCAAACCAUGGACAUCGACAGGAUCGCGUGUAGAACCGAGGGUUCUGCACGGCUACACUGCGACGAAGGAGAUCUCAUUUAGAUCAGUUUGUGAGGUCAUUGCAAAGUAUGCCUUCGUGAGCUCCAACCUCCCGGUCAUUAUUAGUCUCGAGGUCCACACGGGCCCUGAACAACAAGAGGUUAUGGUCGAGAUCAUGAAGCAAUGUUGGGGCCACCUCAUGGUCAACUUGCCGUCGAUACCUGAUGGAGCAACGGCUGAUGCGGUUACCUUACCAAAGCUGUCAGAACUGAAAAAUAAGAUAUUGAUCAAAGUCAAGUACUCGCCGCCAAAGGCACCUGCGACAGAGCCAGAGCCAGAGUCGAUUCCAGCUCCGAAGCCCAUACGCAAAGUAGACACUUCUUCGUCUCCUUCUUCGUCGGAUGACGACAAGACCACUGCGGCCCGGAAGAAGCCUGUGGAGAAGAAGGCGAAGAUUAUUGACAAGCUAAGCUCUUUGGGUAUAUACACACGUAGUUAUCACUUUUCUGGUUUCGACAAGCCCGAGGCCACAGUUCCCACUCAUAUCUUUUCUCUGUCUGAAGGCAAACUUAUGGAGGUUCAUGAACAGACACCAUCUGCCCUUUUCAAGCACAACAGAAGUUUCCUCAUGCGUGCUUAUCCGAAGGGCACUCGCGUGUCUUCCUCAAAUUUGGACGCUGCUGUUUUCUGGCGGCGCGGCGUUCAGAUCGUUGCGCUGAAUUGGCAAAAAUGGGACGCCGGUAUGAUGCUUAAUGAGGCCAUGUUUGCAGGUACCGGCGGCUGGGUCCUGAAGCCAGAGGCUUAUCGCAGCCACAGCAUAUCUUCACACCAGGAAGUGGCCUCAGACUGUGGUACCAUGGACCUUGAGAUAGAAUUUUUUGCUGGUCAAGAUCUGCCGCUACCACCCGAGGAGGAUCCUACCAAGUUCCACCCUUAUGUGAAAUGCGAGAUUCAUGUUGAACAACCUGAAGAGCGAUUUGGAGAGCCUAAAGGUGGCUCGAAGGCGAAAGAAGGCGAAUACAAGGAACGAACGAAGACCGCGAAGGGACUCAACCCUGACUUUAAGCGUGAAGUCUUGCGAUUCAAGAAUGUGAGCGGCGUAGUGCCUGCUCUAUCCUUUGUAAGGUUCAAGCUCAUGGAUGACGACAGGCUUCGUGACGAUCUGGCUGGCUGGGCUUGUUACCGUGUUGAUAGACUUCAACCCGGUUAUCGUAUGCUCCACCUCUAUGACUCUGAGGGUGUUCUGUCGAAAGGCGUCAUAUGGGUCCGUAUCACGAAGACGUUGCGAAUGAGCAAAGAUUCCGGCGUUGGGAAUACUCUUGGUGAUGCCGUAGAGAAGCUGAACAUAUCUGGCUGAGCGGUUUAUUCGAGAAAGGUGUGAUCGCUGUUGUCAGAGACCAGCAGAUUUACUUCGUAGCAACUUUGCGGGCUGAAGACGCCUCCAUAUUCCCAGCAUCCAGGGAUUCAUUUCGGA